AUGUCGGGAGAAGAUGUCACCACUCUGGGCAAUCUUUCCGAAGAGUCCGUGCUCUGGGACUCUCCCCUGUACAUGGAAACCAACAGCACAACUUCAGACUUGGCUCAGAAUGAAAUGAAGGCCCAACGGGAAAAUGAAGGCGAACAACUCACACUCUCGGAAGAAAUUUAUAACACCCUGGACAACUUUUUAGGUGACAGCCAUGUGGAAGCUGGCUCCCAGACGGCAGUAACCCAGCCUGUCAGCAGCCACACGUCUCCCUUCAGUCAGUAUGCACACCUGUGCAAAUACCAUUGCUUACAGGCCUUUCACGACGAGAAUGUGGCAUUCCCAGAGACUUGUCCCACGCGGGCUGACAACUUGCCCCAUGCAGAAGGCCCUGUGCAGAAGGACACCUGCUGUGACGAGGCCUACUCCAAGGAAGCCAGCUCAAGGCAGGGGAGCAUGGCUGCCAGUGAGAACAUGCAGCCCAGUGUGCCUGUCAGACAGCUGCCCCGAAACAGGUCGCAGGCCCACAGCUGGGGGGACUCCCUGGAGUUUGUCCCCCCUCACAGCCAGCCUUGCAGCCACCUGAAGUACCUGACCUCUGAGUCAUUUCAGCAGUUCCAGGGACUGGGCGGGAGCCUGUGGGGUUGGGAGGUCGCUGGUUCUUCCCACAAGGUUCAGAAUCUCAGGACGAGUUCCAGGAUGGUGGUCAGGGUCCCUCAGGAGGCCAUGGACGAGAACAGGGAGAAUUCCAGGCACCCCUCCACCUGGUCCACAGGCACUUCCUGCAGUAAGGGCUUCUCCCGCCUCAAGGCCCUGAAUUCUGACUCGGAGGGCAGCGAGGAGCAUCCCCCGGAGGCUGCGGUGGAAGAGGAGGAGGAGGCGGGCCUGGCUUUGAACCAGGUCCUGCAGCACCUGCGGCUGGCCAACCGCGAGCAGCGCUCCCGCAUCCAGAACCUGCAGUGCAACAACACGCAGCUGGAAUGGAAGGUCACAGAGCUACAGGCCGCGGCUGCCAAGCAGCAGAUGCUCGUGGGUGUUGUGGGCAAUCUGAAGGAGAGCAUGGAAGCGCUGAUCGAGGACAAGUACCAGGCCGUGAUAGAGAAGAAUGAGGCCGAACACAGCCUACAGGAGCUGCAUGCGGUCCUGGAUGACACCCAGAAGCACCUCCAGGAGGCCCAGCAGGACAAGCAGACGCUGGAGCUCAAGCUCAAGACCGUCAAGGCCAGCUACGUGCACCUGCAGGAGAAGUACCUGGCGGAAGUGGAGGUGAGCGAGAGACUGAGCCUGAGCGCCCAGGAGGCAGAGGCCAAGCAACUGCAGCAGCUCCGAGGGGAGCUGGAGGAGUCGAAGUCCUGCACUCAGCACUUGCUGCAGAGGGAGAAGCAGGCACGUGAGCAGGAGCUGCUGGCCCUGCAGGAAGCGCUGCAGGAGCACCAGAAGGAAGACCAGAAGCAGCAGGCGCACGUGCAGUCCCGGCUGGAGGAGCUGGGGGCCCAGGUGGCAAGUCUGCAGAGUCUGUCAGAGAAGGAGACCACGCGGAGUCGCCAGCUGCAGGAGCAGAUCCACCAGGUGGCGAAGGAAAAUGCCAGACUGCAGCUGCAGGUGGCGAGCCAGCGCAGGCAAUUGCCACCCUGGAGACCACUGGAGGAGCUCGAGUCUGACGGCACAAAGGCAGCCGCCCAGCCUGCAGCAGACUGUGUUCGGGAUGAAGCGCAGCCCCUGAGCCCCUCUCGUGGGCAGCAGGGAAGCCCAAGUCCCCCCUACACACGAAAGGAUUCACCGCUGGCCGCCAAGAUCCACAGCACCCUGGAACAGAUGGUGCACUUCCUCGGCUGCCAGGGCCUCGGCUCUCCAGACUUGGACUCAGACUGGGGCAAGCACAGCUUGAGCGAGGACGAGUCGGUGGUGCAGAGGCGAAAGCGCUUCCAGCUGAAGAAGAAACUUUUAGAUAAAGAGCUGCUGAAACACAAAGAGAGAAUCAUGGUGUUCAAAGAGUUGGUUGCUCACAGAAAAGCAUUUCCAGUCCAGGUGAGUCUUGUGGCAAACUUUGAUUGGAGUGAUGCAAGGAGCAUCAGAGAAGUGCCCAUCUUGCUGGAGUCCAGGCUGCAGAUGUACCACCUGUUAAACCAGAAGGUGGAUUUCCUGAUCACCAAGUUGGAAAGUCUAAUGGCGUCCAAAAAGAGCCACUGCCACAGACUCAUCGAGGAAAAGGACAAGUGUCAGAGACACGUGGGCAGUUUGACAGAGAAGGUGGCGUCCUACGAGGAGAUCAUCGAGUGUGCGGACCGGAGGCUUGCCGUCUCACACUCUCACAUCACGCAUUUGGAAGAGAGAAACAAACAUUUGGAGAAUUUGAUCAGGAGACCUAGAGAGAGAGCCAGGAAACGAAGGAUGCGGGGACUGAAGGCAUAG